GGGGAGAGUGGGAAGCCGGGCGUGCCGGGCAGGGACGGCGUGCCAGGGAAGGAUGGUGAGGUGGGGAUGCCUGGGAAGAUGGGGGAGCCGGCGCUGCUGGAGGGUGUGCUGCUAGGAGAACCUGGAGCCAAGGGGUCCUCUGGCACCAAAGGGGAGAAGGGUGACAUUGGCUUGCCAGGACCACCGGGACCCCCAGGCUUAGCAGGCAUUGCUGGGGCACCGGGACAACCCGGCCUGAGAGGGGACAAUGGGCAGCCUGGCCCCCCGGGUCCCCCAGGAGAGAGGGGCAUACAAGGGGCCUCUGGCCUGAAGGGUGACAAGGGCUUGCCUGGGAACCGGGGAGAGCGCGGGGACAAGGGAGACUCUGGGGCUCCUGGGCCCAAAGGAGACAAGGGCGAUACUGUGGUGGUGGAGGGGCCUGCCGGAGCACGGGGCAGCAAGGGCGAGCCAGGAGAGCGUGGCCUGAAGGGCAUGGAAGGGGACAAGGGGGACAAGGGGGAGCAAGGCAUGCCUGGAGAGAAGGGGGUGAGGGGCGAGCAAGGUGAGAAGGGGUCCACGGGCUUCCCUGGGGCACGCGGCCCUGGCGGGCAGAAGGGAGAGGUCGGAGCAUCGGGAGAGCCUGGCGAGCCGGGCCAGCCUGGUCGUGACGGGAUCCCUGGACCCCGGGGAGAGAAGGGGGACAUGGGACCCCUGGGCAUGCGUGGCCCCAAGGGUGACCGGGGCAUGAAAGGCGCCUGCGGCCUCGAUGGGGACAAGGGCGAGAAGGGAGAGCUGGGUCUGUCGGGACCACCAGGCAUCCCUGGGAAGGAGGGCCUCAUGGGACCCAAGGUAGGUCAGGGCAGUGCCAGGAAAAGCUGUGGUGACCGGGGAUUCGAUGGGCAGCAGGGAGCCAAAGGAGACCAAGGGGAGAAAGGAGACCGGGUGAGUGGGCUGGAAAGGGAUGAAGGCACUGGUGCCGAUGCUUCAGGGAUGCCCAGCUGCGGGGUCAGAGGAUGCCCAAGGCGCCGCUCUGGGCCACCCCCGGCCUCACCCUCUGCUCUCCCACAGGGUGCUCCAGGCAUUAUUGGUGGCCCUGGUCCCCGGGGCAGUGAUGGUACUCCUGGCCCUCCCGGGCCCCCAGGGAGUGUUGGCCCCCGAGGUCCUGAGGGCAUGCAGGGCCAGAAGGGGGAGAGAGGCCCUCCUGGACAGUCAGUGCCAGGGUCCCGUGGCGUGCCUGGCAUCCCUGGAGAGAGAGGAGAGCAGGUGGGUGAGCGGGUGCCUGGCCUGGGGCAGGACGGGCAGGUCAUGCUCGACACCGAUGACCUUGAGUACGAGAGCGUGUACGGGGAGGAGGAGGACUAUGAUGAGGUCCCAGAGAUGGACAGCUCAGAGCAGCCCGCGAUGGGUG